AAUUCUAUAUCCCUCUCUCUGCAAAACCCUCUAAUCCAAUACAAUUUAUUGCGCUUUCUCUCUCUAUCUCUGUCUGUGUCUCCAAUGGGGGCUGGGCGCGAAGUUCAAAUCUCUCUGGACGGCGUGAGAGACAAAAACCUCAUGCAGCUCAAGAAGCUCAACACCGCUCUCUUCCCCGUUCGCUACAACGACAAGUACUACGCCGACGCCCUUGCCUCCGCCGAUUUCACCAAGCUUGCAUACUACAGCGAUAUAUGCGUCGGUGCAAUAGCAUGCCGGCUUGAGAAGAAGGAAGGCGGUUCUGUCCGUGUUUACAUAAUGACACUGGGAGUUUUAGCACCGUAUCGUGGGCUAGGCAUUGGUACGAAGCUGUUGAACCAUGUUCUUGAUCUUUCCUCCAAGCAAAACAUUUCUGAAGUUUAUUUGCAUGUGCAGACAAAUAAUGAAGAUGCCAUAAACUUCUAUAAGAAAUUUGGGUUCGAGAUCACGGAAACAAUUCAGAACUAUUACACAAACAUUACCCCUCCGGACUGUUAUGUUCUUACCAAAAAUAUAACUCAAAGCCAAAACAAGAAAUAAUCUAUUUCCCGGAUGAGUUCCUUCUUGUUGCACCAUUAUCUCCUUAACUUCAUACUCCCUUAGAUAUACUGGAGUUGUAGCAGCAAAUUUUGAGGUUAUAAACAUGUGAAUUGCAUCUAUUUUUAGGUUGAGUUACUAUUAUUAAACAGUUCAUCUGAAUUUUUCUUCCUCCGA